GUCUUUUAAAUCUCCGCACCUCUUGCCCACUUUCACAACGGCAUUCGAUUCCGAUCCCACGCGAUCGUGCGGAGGAGUGCGGGCGGAAGAGGGCGACAGAUCUCUCCGCCACAGGAAAAAGAAAUCACGGCACUUCGCUGGAGUGGAGAGGGAGCAAAGCCUACGGCGUCGAGAUAUCAACAGGGCACCUGCAGCCUGUAGGCGCCCUUUUCCCGCCGGAAGACGGAAGAUUUCGACUGCCGGCAAAUGGGGCGGGCGACGCGGUGGCUAAAAGGCCUUUGGAGCGGGAAGAAGGAGACGAAAGAGCCAGGCGACUGCUCCGGGGUCCAUAUCAGCGUCGAGGACAGAAGGGAGAAGAAAAGGUGGAGCUUCGCGAAGCCGGGCAGAGCCACAUCGGAGGUGGUGCUCGGCCAGAACGGUGCGACAGCUGCAGCGGUGGAGGCGGCGUUGUUCCGGUCGUUCUACGCCGAUAGUGAGAAGGAGCAGAGCAAGCACGCCAUUGCGGUUGCGGCGGCCACCGCCGCAGCUGCCGAUGCGGCGGUGGCGGCAGCCCAGGCAGCGGUUGCCGUCGUUCGACUCACAAGCCAGGGAAGGGGCGGCGGCCUUUUCGUCAACGCCUGUGAACGCUCGGCAGUGAAGAUCCAGAGAGCAUUCAGGGGCUACUUGGCGAGGAAAGCACUCAGAGCUCUGAGAGCAUUGGUUAAGCUGCAGGCCUUAGUGAGAGGCUAUCUCGUACGCAAGCAAGCCGCUGCAACUCUUCACAGUAUGCAGGCUCUCAUCAGAGCUCAGGCCGCCGUCCGAGCUCAGCGAACUCGCAAUCUUGUCCGUAACGAUCGGAGGUUACCGCCAGAGUUCCGUCCUCGACGAUCUGUAGAAAAGUUUGAUGAGAUACGGAGCGAGAACAUGACGACAUUCCACCGGCGGCGGCUCUCCGCGGGUCUCGAUAACGCUGCUAAUGGCUUCGACUGGAGCCCAAAGGUGGUGGAGAUCGACACCUUCCGCCCCAAGUCGCGAUCUUCUCGACGGAGCACCAACCCGUCCGUUCCCGACCCCGCCGACGACUGGCACUCGAGUUCCAUAUCCUCCCCGCUGCUCUCCUGCCACAUCCCGGCUCGCAUUCCCGUCUCAGACUGCUGCAACUUCCAGGACUUCGACUGCAAAUGCCGGCCCGCGACGGCUCAGAGCACGCCCCGCUGCUACAUGAGCAACAAUGCGCCCCCAACUCCGGCGAAAAGCGCGUGCGGCGCGCUACGGCGGCCCACCAACGUCCCCUGCUCCCCUAACUACAUGGCCAGCACGCAGUCGUUCGAGGCCAAGUCGAGGUCGCAGAGCGCGCCCAAGCAGCGGCCGGAGGCAGCCGCGACAAGGCGGCGGCUCCCGUUGACCGAGGCGAUGCUGGAAUCGAGGGCCAGCCUGAGCGGCGUCGGAAUGCAGAGGUCGUGCGCUCGCGCUCAAGAGGCCUUCAACUUCAAGAGCGCCGUCGUCGGCCGGCUCGACAGGUGCUCCGAGCCACAGAGGGAAUUCUUCUACCUGCGAAGAAAAUGAUGCAAGACAACACCAUUUAGAAAUCACGAAAAAUAAAGAAAGAGCCGCUAUCCCUUUGAUCAAAUCAUUGUAAAUUCUUAUCAUCCGAUUCAGAAUUCCCUGUUCUCAAUUGCAGAUGUUUUAAGAUUCCAUCCAAAAAAAAACAAGUUUGAGUGCCAUCCCAGUCAAUGCCAUGAUUUGGUUUCAAAAUCUCUGUUGCUCGCAUGAUGUAAUCUCUUUUGGACAAGAUCUUCGACUGUUGCACCAAAAGCCACGCACACUGCUGUUGCAUUGAAGUUGUCUUC